CGCGGGCUUGCAGGCUGAGUGCGCCUGCGCCGGCCGGUAGCUGCAGCUGGAGCGGCGGCGUUUGGAGCGGACGCGAAACUGGAUGGCUUCUACAGGGAGCCAGGCCUCUGAUAUAGACAAGAUUUUUGGAUUCUUCAGUGAUGGCGCACCCCCCACCAAAAAGCCCAGGAAGCUGCUUCCAAGCUUAAAAACUAAGAAGCCUCGGGAACUGGUUCUGGUGAUUGGAACAGGCAUUAGUGCUGCAGUCGCACCUCAGGUUCCAGCUUUGAAAUCCUGGAAGGGGUUAAUUCAGGCCUUACUGGAUGCUGCCAUUGAUUUUGAUCUUCUAGAAGAUGAGGAGAGCAAAAAAUUUCAGAAAUGUCUCCAUGAAGACAAGAAUCUUGUGCACGUCGCCCAUGACCUUAUCCAGAAACUCUCUCCUCGUACUAGUAAUGUUCGAUCCACGUUUUUCAAGGACUGUUUGUAUGAAGUAUUCGAUGACUUGGAGUCAAAGAUGGAAGACUCUGGAAAACAGCUACUGCAGUCAGUUCUCCAUCUGAUGGAAAAUGGAGCCCUGGUAUUGACUACAAAUUUCGACAAUCUCCUGGAACUGUAUGCAGCAGAUCAGGGAAAGCAACUUGAAUCCCUUGACCUUACUGAUGAGAAAAAGGUCCUAGAGUGGGCUCAGGAAAAGCGGAAGCUGAGCGUGUUACACAUCCAUGGGGUGUACACCAACCCUAGUGGCAUUGUCCUUCAUCCCGCUGGGUAUCAGAAUGUGCUCAGGAACACUGAAGUUAUGAGAGAGAUUCAGAAACUCUAUGAAAACAAAUCAUUUCUUUUCCUGGGAUGUGGCUGGACUGUGGAUGACACCACCUUCCAGGCCCUUUUCCUGGAGGCCGUCAAGCAUAAAUCUGACUUAGAACAUUUCAUGCUGGUGCGGAGGGGAGAUGUAGAUGAGUUCAAGAAGCUUCGAGAAAACAUGCUGGACAAAGGGAUUAAGGUCAUCUCCUAUGGAAAUGAAUAUGCUGAUCUUCCAGAAUAUUUCAAGCGACUGACCUGUGAGAUCUCCACAAGGGGAAGAUCAGGGAUGGUGAGAGAAGGUCAACUAAAUGGCUCCUCUGCAGCACACAGUGAAAUAAGAGACAGCAGCACAUGAGAGGGCGAGAGAAGUCACCACCAUUAGCCCAAGCUGUGAGGCCCUACAGUGGACAGUGUUUAACAGCAAACUUACAACACAACUCCUAGGAAGAACUGAAACCUAGAGGUUGAAGGUUGGGGAUAGAGUGGGGUUGGAACAUUCCAACUUAAUCCUUCAUGCCAGCUGGUUCUUGACCUUAUGCGGCCUAUUCCAGUUUAAUACCAAGUGACAGCGGGACCCAGAUGCUGCCCCUUCCCCACCCCCGGGCUGGACAUGCCUGUGUCCACAGAGCAAGUCCGUGUGAAAGCCACUGACAGCCUGCAGCUCUGCAUGAAGGACUUGGGAUCUAGAUGCCAUGGAAUCGCCUUGGCCCUUGUUGCAGUUUUGUACUCUCUAUUUGGUUUUUUAAUUAAGCUUAACGGCUUUUUUAAAACAAGACUUGAAGCUCUAGUUUUCUAGGUCUUUUACAGUGUACAGUAUUUUACAUACCUGAGCUGUAUUAAAAGCCUGUUCGUUUACUUCCCAGGGCACUGGUUCUCCUUUUAGAAUCACUUUAGAAAACAUCUAACAGAAACAAGCCUAAUUUUUGUAACUCAAUUUAAAUUGUAAAAGUUCUGUUCUCUUACCUGGGGGAGGGGAGAUCUUGUUCUCAGGACAGCCACUUUUACCAUAUUCCUCAGAGCAUUAUCAAUUCCUACUGUUUGUUUCCCUUCUUACCUUAAACCCUAGUUAGUGUGACAUGGGAUUUUAGUUUCGAAUCUUCUAUAAAGUAACUCCACGACUAAAAGGCAAUUUAUUUAUGAAAUUUAUUCUUAUAUAAAUUACUUAUUUCUCUGGGCA